GCUCCCCUCAGGGCGCUCUCAGAGCCACCCCCGCCCCGCGCCGUCAGGGCGGCUCUGAGGGCGGAGAGCCGCGGCCGUGGCAGCGGGCCAGGAGGAGGGAGGGAGAGAGCUCGCCGCCCGCAGCGCCGUCCCCCGGCGAGGCGCGGGGAGCCCCGGCCAUGGGGGAGGAAGGAGCGGCCAAGCUGCGCCUGAAGCCCCGCGCGGCGCCGCCCGCCCGCGGCCCCGAGACACCCCCGCGCCGGCCGACCUCAACUGACAGAUGUCCCUGGUUUGAAAAGGAAGACUUAAAUGAGCGUGAAAAAACCUGGGUUUUGUUACUGAAAGACAUCAGUCAGGAUCUGCACUGCACAAAGUGGGACACAGUGCCCAGCCUUCCGGAGUUCUUGGAAAAGGGUGCUGAGGAGGAGAGUCCAGCACACCAGGAGGUCUUCACAGCUGGAAUGAGAGACUUUCCGUGGGUACCAUUCCCACCUUUUCACACAGAACAAUGUCUGAACCCCAAGGAUUUCAGCUCCCAGAGCAACGAGUCACAUACAGGAUGGGGCCAAGCAGAUAAACUUCCCAGUUUGUCACCCACAGCUGAGGAAACCUGCAGGGGAACCAGCACAGAUCGAGGCAAACCUGCAGCUGGGGGAGGCACAAAAGGCAGUUCCGAGCUGGGAGCGAGUCCCGAGCCACGUCAGCUCCCUGGACACAGGAGCUCUGCACAGCCCUUGGCACAGGGCUCUGGGAGAGCUUCCAGCCCUCGGCAGCACCACACAGGGGCUGCACAGAGCAGGGGAGGCAGGAGAGAGAAGGGUGGGAAGGAGCUCCAGCCACAGGAGGGGAAGGUUCCAGCGGGGCAGGACAGAGCUGUGCCUGUGGAGGAGCCUCCUGGGAGCGUUCCUGGGGCCGGGAGCUGCGAGGAGAAGCUGGAAAACCAGAGUGGAGGAUCUUCAGCUCUUGACAGUUGUCCCAUGUGCCUGAUGCAGUUCAGUGGAACGCUCUCCCAGCUGGACAUCGAUGGGCACCUGGCCAGGUGCUUGUCUGAAAGUGCAGAUGAUGUCAUGUGGUAAGUCCAGGAGAACAGAGAGCAAAGGAACAAGGCCAAGGAUGAACCUUUCUCAAAGGAAAAGGAAAAAUGUGUCAAGGAAGCUCAUCCUCAUCUCACACUUUCGGAUCACAAACCAGUAACUCAGUAGAAGGUCAAGUGUCGAGGGUCUUUUUAUUUUAAAUCCUCUCAGAUGCCCGCAAAGUAGUUCUAGUUCUGAAAAUGGUGCUCUGGGGAGACCCCCAGGGAAAUCAGGCUUGGUGCUCCUGAAAAAGUGUCCUGCUGGAAAUCCCUGGAGCCCCUGCUUGGGCCGAUGCACCAGAGCUCGGAAGCUCUCAGUCCAGAAGAAACCAGCUGCACAAGAGACAACUGUUACCCUCAUCCAAAAGUUUACCUGCUUAGAAAAAAAUGCCAGUAAUCUGUGAAAAUCAAUUUAAUUAAAAAGUCAUUUGAGCUUAGAAUUUUUCAUUAUUUUACUAAGAAAGUGUAAUUGUACUGUUGAUUCUGUGAGUGUGUCCCUGUUAAACACCCCCCAAACCACAGAAAGGGGUGGGGGUUCCAUGUCUCUGAAGGAGCCCAGCUGAACUCACACCCUUCCUGGGUAGGUUUCUAAGUCAGUAUCGGUGUUAAUCAAGUGAUUAACGUGACUGCUCUAAUUAAGCUGCAGAGAGAACUCUUGUGCCAGUCUCCUGCACUGCACAGGGAGGUUCAGGCAGCCCCAGAGCCAAGAGCUGGUUUGUGUCAGUCCCACACAGCCCCAGACACCGAGGGGUGGGACGGGGACACCCCCAGCCUGGGGGGCUGGAGGGGGCUCAGCUGCUGUUCUGGGACUGCCCAGGAGCAGGGAAAUGCUCUGCAAGGCUGGGAAAGGCACCCCUGCCCUGAGGGCUGGUGAGAGUCCAGGCCCAACCCCCUGCCCCAGUUCACUGCCCCGGGCUCAGAACCCACAGCCCAGCUGGGAUCCAGGUACAGGACACAGGAUCCAGGACAAACACACAGGGAGGCUCCUGGAUUCCAUUCACAGGGGGGGCUCCUUCAGACGUUGGACACAGCCCAGUUUACUGAUAAAUAAUAACAGUCUGUUCACUUUUUCAUUAAAGUCUUUAAUAGAUGUGCAAGAAUAUAAAUGAUCUCAGCUGUUAUGGAUUAGUAUACCAUCUUCUGCACAAUUAAAACUGGUCAGCAAAGAUCCCAACUAAUUAAUUAUACAAAACUACAAGAACAUAUUUACUGUUUUACAAUCAUUAAAUUAGCUAGAAUUUCAUUUACUAUUUCAAAUAAGACAACUAUAUAUCAUUACCAGAUCCAUUUGUAAUAUAUUAGGAUUUUUUUUUCCAAACCACACAUUUAAUUACAUCCUUCAUUUUCUUUUAUUUAUAAAACAAGUACUUUAUAUAAAAAAUUUCCCCUUCAUCAUGAACAGAACAUUAUUCAAACACUUGCACAUGAGCAACCAAACUUGUACCCAGCAAACUAUUUGGCAACACAGCAACAUUGUAAAUGCCUGUAAAUUCUUAAAUAAAAAUCAAGUAGUCUUUACAAUG